CAGGCCCUUUAGAAACCAACACCGAUCUAUCGAUUUUGUCGAACUCGAAAUCUCAUAGCACCAAUAUUUUUGCACAGAACUCUUACUUACAUGUCUCAUCGACACUCCAGAACAAACAUCAAAAGGCAAACAAAGUUGAUAUGUUAUCAAGAGUAGAGAAAAUUAAAGGAGGACAGGAAUCUCAUAGUUUGUCAGCUCAUCGGCAGUUUACAUUUACUGGUUUCUUCCAUAAAAAUAAGCCAAAACAAAACUCAGAAAAAUGAACAAAAUUCUGUUACCCUGGAAGUUCUGCCUGUAAAAGUUUUUCCCCCCCAAAAAGAAAGGAUGUAAGUUGUCCAAUAAGGCAAGUUUCCACAGGUAAAAAGUAGGUGCCUUUGAAUACUGACCUCAGUCAAACAAAACCUGGAAAACUCCAGUCCUUGCAGUUUCCACUAAUGAAUUUGAACAUAGUAACAGCCAUAUGAAGUCUUUCUGCUAUUUCAGGUAACUCGUCUGAGAAGAAGAGAGUUUAAUGGAAUGAUUAAUGGAAACACUGAUGUCAAUGAAGAACUUCCAGCUAUAAGAAAACGACAUCGUGAAUUGGGGAAAAGGCAUUUGCUGCACAAAUGAGGAAGAAAAUUACAGCAUCGACAUGAGUGAACAAGUAAUUCUACCUGAAAUUACCAAAGACUGGACCAAAGAACAUGUGAAAAAAUGGGUAACUGAAGACCUUAAGAUUGAUGAUAGAUAUGGGCAAAUUCUGCUCAAUGAGGAAGUGACAGGAUUAGUCCUACAAGAGUUAACUGAGAAGGACCUUAUAGAAAUGGGGCUUCCAAGGGGUCCAGCACUUUUGAUAAAACGUAUGUGUAACAAAUUGAAUAACAGUUCUCCUAAAAGUCACAGUCAGGAUUCUGGACCAUUAGAUCAUAAAAAGACCCCUAAAAAUGAACAACAAAAGAAGCCACCGCAGACAAAAAAAGAAAAGGAAAAAUCAGUGUCAUCCAAUGUUGAUCAUGUUCUCACUGAGAUUGGAGGUGCCAAAGAACAAGAAUUGAUUCUUAAGAAAGAAAAUGCAUUAAAUGAAGUAGCACCCACUAAAGUAGAAAAAAAGAAUAAGCUAAAAACUGAACGACUGACUUGCAUGCCAUAUCCUUUUGAUCGGUACCAUGAGGGCCAACGUUACACAGAACAUUAUAUACUUCCAUCUGAAACAGGAACGCUCAAUUUCAUUGACCCAAUACAUGAGUUCAAAGCCCUCACAAAUACAGAAAUGGCCACAGAAAAGGACAUUAAGAUGAAAUUUAGCAAUGAAGUUUUCCGAUUUGCAUCAGCUUGUAUGAAUUCACGCACCAACGGCACCAUCCAUUUUGGAGUCAAGGACAAACCCCAUGGAGAAAUUGUCGGUGUGACAGUCACCAAUAAGGAGGCCUUCAUUGACCACUUCAAUCUAAUGAUCAAACAGUAUUUUGAAGAAAGUGAGAUUUAUGAAGCCAAGAAGUGUAUUCGGGAGCCAAGAUUUGUGGAAGUCCUAUUGCAGAACAAUACACUAUCUGACAGAUUUGUCAUUGAAGUAGAUGUUAUUCCAAAACACUCUAUAUGUAAAGAAAAGUAUUUCUACAUUAAGAUGCAAAAUUUUAAAGAUGAAACAUGGAAACAAAGCCAAGAUAGCUCACUGUUUGUGAGAGAUGGAGCUAGUUCCAAGGACAUCCUGGCCAAUGUCAGGCAAAGGGAUGCAGAUUUCAAAGCAUUUAUGCAAAAUUUCAAGUCAUUGGUAGCACGUAGAAAAGAAGCUGAAGAAGAAUAUAGAGUGACUGCAAGUAAGAUAGAGAGUGAAGGACCAAAGCUGGUUAAACUUCUCAUAGGAAACAGAGACUCACUAGACAAUUCAUACUAUGACUGGUACAUUCUUGUAACAAAUAAAUGCAAUCCAGAACAAAUAGAACACUUAGAAUUCCUAAAGGAAAUUAAAUGGUUUGCUGUGCUGGAGUUUGAUCCUGAUUCUAACAGUAAUGGGGUGGUGAAUGCCUACCAAGAAAGCCGAGUAGCAAACCUUCAUUUUCCAAAUCAGUAUGAAGAUAAGACAACUACCAUUAGGGAGAAGAUAUCUACUCUGAAUCUUUACCAGCAGCCCAGCUGGAUCUUCUGCAAUGGAAGAACAGACCUGGGAAAUGAGGCAUAUAAACCACUAGAACCACAUUUAUGGCAGAGGGAAAGAGCUUCUGAAGUCAGGAAACUGAUUUUAUUUCUCACAGAUGAAAACAUCAUGGCAAGAGGGAAAUUUCUGGUGGUAUUUCUGUUACUCACUUCAGUGGAAAGUCCAGGAGAUCCACUCAUUGAAACUAUCUGUGCUUUCUACCAAGCUCUCAAAGGAAUGGAAAAUAUAUUGUGUAUAUGUGUAAAGUCACAGAUUUAUCAGCGUUGGAAAGACCUACUACAAACAAGAUUGACAAUGGGAGAUGAAUUAACAAACCAUAGCAUUUCCACUUUAAAUUUAAAAUUGAUAAACAGUACCAUCCUUAAACUGAAAUCGACUAUUCAGUCAUCAAGAAGGUUUUUGCCCUCCCGUGGAUCUUCUUCUGUUAUCCUAAAGAAAAAGGAUGAGGAGAUCUUGACUGCACUGGAAAUCCUCUGUGAAAAUGAGUGUAGAGACACAGACAUAGAGAAAGAUCAAUCCAAAUUCCUAGAAUUUAAGAAAUCAAAAGAAGAACACUUUUAUCGAGGUGGCAAAGUAUCCUGGUGGAACUUCUAUUUUUCUUCUGAAAACUAUUCUUCAGCUUUUGUCAAAAGGGACAGCUAUGAACACCUCAAAGAAUUGAUAACGUGCUGGGCAGAGUCUCCUAAACCGAUCUUUGCAAAAAUCAUCAAUCUUUAUCAUCAUCCAGGCUGUGGAGGGACUACGUUGGCCAUGCAUGUUCUCUGGGACCUAAAGAAAAAAUUUAGAUGUGCUGUGUUAAAAAACAAAACAACUGAUUUUGCAGAAAUUGCAAAACAAGUGACCAAUUUGAUCACCUAUGGUGCAAACAGCCAUCUGGAUUACAUCCCUGUACUUCUCCUUGUGGAUGAUUUUGAAGAACAGGAAAACAUCCUCCUUCUACAGAAUGCCAUCCAUCACAUUUUAGCAGAGGAGGGUUUGCAAUAUGAAAAAACAUUUGUAAUUAUCUUAAACUGCAUGAGAUCUCAGAAUCCUGAUGAAAAUGCAAAAUUAUCAGACAGCAUUGCACUAAAAUACCAACUUUCUUCCAAGGAACAAAGAGCUUUUGAGGCCAAACUAGAGGAAAUUGAAAAGCAGCACAAGAACUGUGAAAACUUUUAUUCCUUCAUGAUCUUGAAAAGCAAUUUUGAUGAAACAUACAUAGAAAAUGUCGUCAGGAACAUCCUGAAAGGACUGAGUGUUGGCAGCAAGGAAGCACAGCUCAUUUCUUUCUUGGCUCUACUCAACUCUUAUGUUACUGACUCUACAAUUUCAGUGUCACAGUGUGAAAUAUUUUUGGGAAUAAUGAACACUAAGACCCCUUGGGAACCUGAAAGGCUAGAAGACAAGAUGAGAACCUACUCUACACUUCUAAUAAAAACAGAAGUCCAGGAAUAUGGAAGAUACACAGGUGUGCGUAUCAUUCACCCUCUGAUUGCCAUGUGCUGUCUAAAAGAACUGGAAAAAAGCUACCACUUGGAUAAAAGUCAGAUUGCCUUGAAUAUAUUACAGGAGAAUUUAUUCUAUGUUUCUGGAAUGGGCAGAGACAAAUUUCUCCAUGAUGUACAAACACUUCUGCUUACGAGACAGCGCAAGGAGUAUGGAGAUGAAACAGACACUUUGUUUUCCCCAAUGAUUGAAACUUUACAGAACAAAGACAUUGAAAAGGUCUUGACUGUAGGAAGUACUCGAUUCCCACAAAAUGCAUUCAUCUGCCAAGCCUUAGCAAGACAUUUCUAUAUUAAAGAAAAGAACUUUAACACUGCUCUUGAUUGGGCAAAUCAGGCCAAAAGGAUAGCACCUAAAAAUUCCUAUAUCUCUGAUACACUUGGUCAGGUCUACAAAAGUAAAAUAAAAUGGUGGCUUGAUGAAAACAAAAACUCUAAGGACAUCACUGUUAAUGAUCUAACACAUUUACUAGAUGCAGCUGAAAAAGCCUCAAGAGCUUUCAAAGAGUCCCAACAGCAAACUGAGAGUAAAAAGUAUGAAACAGAAGCCUGGUCACCACAGAAGUCCCAAAGAAAAUAUGACAUGUACAAUACAGCUGGCUUCUUGGGUGAAAUAGAAGUUGGUCUUUACACUAUCCAGAUUCUUCAGCUCACUCCAUUUUUCCACAAAGACAAUGAAUUAUCCAAAAAACCUAUGGUACAAUUUUUAUCAGGAGAGGGGAAUAUUUCUGCUCAUCCAAAAAAUGAAUAUUUUUUGGCUCUUAAGAAUUUCACAUCCCACCUACAAAACUUACACUCGGAUUUGAAAAGAUGCUUUGACUUUUUUGUUGAUUAUAUGGUUCUUCUGAAAACAAGGAAUAUCCAAAAAGAAAUGGCAGAAGUCAUACUAAGCAAGAAAGUCAGUCGCUGUUUCAGGAAAUACACGGAACUUUUCUGCCACUCGGAUUCAGAUCCAUUACAAAGCAAAGACAGUCCGUUACUCCAGGAGGAGAAUUGCAGAAAAAGUCUAGAAGCUUUGAGGGCAGAUAGGUUUUCUGGACUCCUAGAAUAUCUUAAUCCAAAGCACAAAGAGGCUGCAGCCAUAAUGGAAAAUAUAGUGAACAAAUACAUCUUCCUAUUACAGCAAAAUCCACAUAAAAGGCUGACAAAUGAGAAACAAAAUUUCAUUUUGGCAAAUAUUAUUCUCAGUUGUCUAAAACCCAACUCCAAGUCCAUUCAACCACUUAACACAUUGAAAAAACAGCUCCGAGAAGUCUUGCAACUUGUGGGACUAAAUCACCCAUUUUCAUAUCCAUAUUUCUUAGCCUGCCUGUUGUUCUGGCCAGAAAAUCAAGAGCUAGAUCAAGAUUCCACACUAAUGGAAAAGUAUGUUUUGUCCUUAAAUCGAUCCUUCAGGGGACAGUACAAGCGCAUGUGCCGGUCCAAGCAGGCAAGCACACUUUUCUAUCUAGGGAACAGGAGGGGUCUCAACAGUUUUGUUCAUAAGGCUGAGAUAGAGCAGUACUUCAGUAAAGUACAAAAUACAAAUUCACUAUGGCAGAGUGGAGAUGUGUGGAAAAAAAAAGAAGUCAAAGACCUCCUGCGUCGUCUAAUUGGUCAGGCUGAAGGCAAGCUGAUCUCUAUAGAAUAUGGAACAGAGGUAAAAAUAAAAAUACCAGUGAUAUCUGUUUAUUCAGGUCCACUCAGAAGUGGUAGGAACAUAGAACGAGUUUCCUUCUACCUAGGAUUUUCCAUUGAAGGCCCUCUGGCAUAUGAUAUAGAAGUAAUUUAAGAAGCUAUAUUAGUUCAAAUACAUUUAUUUGUAUCUCUCUCUGACAUUAUCCCUUCUCUUUAUUGCCAUAGCAUUUUGCUGACAUUCUGAUCAUUUUGCUUUUUUCUCUCUGAUUGAAUUAUAAACCUUUUCAGGGCACAAAAUGUAUAUAUACACAGAGCCUGGCACACAGUAGAAUAAAUCAGUUAAUAUUAAUAUACAUUUCAGACUAAUGUUUAAUAAAGUUUCGAUUGGUAUCCAUUAGUCAUACCAUAAGUAAUUAUAGGUCAAUAAAGUCUGUUUAAAUUCUAUCUACUCUUAUGAAUUUUCUGAAUUAUUUCUUCACUGUGAAAGUAGAAAUUUAAAUAGGAUGAAUGUGGAAGAGAAAGCACCUCCUCAGCUUAUUGAACUCAAACUCAGAGAUCCACACCAGAGUGCCUCUUAUCUCAUCUAGGUAUCAAAAAUACUUAUGUAGAAGGUACAUAUUUGUACCACACCCCCACUUACCCUUCUCCUAAACAUACACAAUUCUUUCAACCCCUUGGCUAUCUCCCAAUUCAUUACUUGAGGGGAAAGAGAGAAGAAAGAAAAUAAAGCAAAACAAUUCUUGCCUUUUGAGAUUCAAAAAAUUAGGCUCAGUCAAAGAUAAAAAGAUUUUCAAGAACUCUUGAGGAGUAACAGCACACACACACACACACUCUCUCUCUCUCACACACUCACAUACACAAUAAUGAUUCCCUUGGAUGGGUUUGGAAAGAACGAGAGUGGAAGAAGAGACAACUUAGACACUAGUGCUUCCUCAAGAAGAGGUCCUUAUAACCUCUCACUCUAGCCUAAACCUUGAGGUUGGGGCAGGGGCAGGGGCAGGAAAGACAUGCUGAAACCUCAGGUAUGUUUGGGAGGUCCAAAAGCAGAGUAAACUCAUGCCUCACCUCCCAGAAAGAGCUCAGGUCAAUGGUGGUUCCAUAAUGCAGCUCAGAGAAGUGGAGCAGAAGCACUGUGCAGCGUGUUCAGGCAGAUGGGUCUUUCUGUAAGGUGGGAAGGAAAGGCAGAACAGAAUGUGUCUUGUGUUCCCUGAGAGUGGCACAGAAGUGAAGAAGCCUUAGUCAUCCCCACCAAGUUUUCCACAGCCACAGAGUAAUGUGGGAUCAGGCAAAUAUUUCCUCUGUGCCUAAGAUGUAUAAAAGUGGCUAAGAGAGAGAGAGAGACAACCCUGGAGCUAACUAGGGAUAAAAGGAGUGAUAAUCCCACCAUCAACAAUCAGAUGAGAUAAUGUACAUCUCUGUUGAUGCCAGCAAGGACAGAGGAAGACCACCUACCAACCACAGGUUGUGUGAGCCCCUCUGAACUUAGAUGUAAUUCAGAAGAAAUAAAAGCUGACAUUGAAUUGGCUGAGAUUUAAUUUUAGGAACCUGGCUGAAUGGAGCUUACAACAGAAAUUAGGUUCAUCUGAGUUUGUGAAUGAGCUUUGUGGGUUUUAGGCCAAUAAUAUUAACUUCCAUUUUUAUAAUACAUCACAUGCCACUGCUUUGAAAAGCAAUAGUUAACUGUCCCAACCGUUUCUGUCCUCACUAAACAGUGUGGCAGACACUACCAGUCGCCUACCCUAUUUCCAUUCUCCCCUCUUCCUUAUUGAUAAAACUCAGUGUUUGUUCAUGGCAGUAAUGUGCUCAAUUGAAAAACUAUUCUCCAGUCUUUAGUAUUUGGUUAUGGUGGCCAUGUAGCACAGUUCUAGCCAAUAGGAUGUAAGCAGAAGAUUGCUGAGACUUUCUAGGUAAGUUUUGCUUUCUUGAUUUAGAUACCCCUCCUUCCUCCUCAUUGCUGCUGCUUUCUUUCUACCUGGAAACAGAAAAGAAACUGGAACCAUUUUCCAACCAGGAGGUAACCAUGAGGUAAGAGUCAAAGCCAGAAAUUGUGGAGUCAAAAAAGAAAAAAUCUGAGACAAGAAUAAGAUCUUAGAGUCCUGGAAUGUCUUCUGUUUUGAUAUGAGGCAAAAUGAAUCAUGUUUGUUUAAACCACUGUGGUAAGGUUUCUGUUACAUGCACCUGUACAUAAUUCCUAACUGAUACAAAUGGUACAGCAACCACAAGUGACCAAGUGACAGUCACAUGCCGAUUCUACUCUUGUCAAUCUUUCAUUACAUUAGCCUCAGCAUCAAGAUAAAUAAAGGAUAAAGAAAGGGCUCCAUUUUAUAUUUAUUGAAUUAUGCCAAGUAUAAACUAACCGUACCAACUGCAGAGACAAUAUUCUUAAAUAACUGAAAUCUCAAUGACUCUAAAAAAAGCAGUAAGUUUCCUAGACCUGAUUUAAGUUUCCUUUCCUAGACCUGAAUUAAAGAAAUAAAAUGAGUUACAAAAAUAGUUGAAACUUUAUCCUCCUUUGUUUCACGAAUACCUGAUUUGAAGGUGGGAAGAGGUGCUUUUGACUAUUAAGUCAAACCACAAAAGAAACAGAACUGAAUAAUGCCAUUCCAGGAAAUUAUCUUGGCUAUGAGUUUUGUGUACUUUUUAAAGACUAACUAAAGGAUCAAAAGUCUUCUCCAUCAUCUAUUCAAGUAGUCACUUAUCAUACGUCCACACCUGGGUCUUCUUGGACCCUUUGUCUCUUAUGAGACAACAGGAAAGGGGAGCAGUAAGGCAGCUCCUAGAGAAAACAGCAAGUCUGCCACAGUGUCCUGCCAGACCCUCAUGAUGAAAAUCAGCAAUCCAGAUCUUUUUACUUUGCCACACUUCUACAGUUGUACUCAUUUCCUAUUAUAGUCAAUAAACAUCAUUUUGUCCCUAAA